AUGAGCGCCCUCUUCAAGGGCGCCGGUGGGACGGCCCAGCUCCCAGCUAGGCUGAUCCACGUUGGCCGCUCUGACGGCCGUGUCUGGACAACACAGGAGAUCAACGGAUGGCCCAAGAGCAGCACCGCUGUCAUGCAGGUCGGAGAACCUAUAACCGAGGACCUCAAUAAGAUCUCAGACAAUAUGACGCUGGUGAGGAUGGCGCAGUGGAAACUGGCUCUGGGCACUGGUUUGCAAGAGCAGCUCGGCUGGCCACACGGUAUCCAGUAUCAGGCUUUGUUUCCUGACGGAUUUUGCUUGAGAUGGCGCGACCCUGGAGGACUCAACAAUGAGGUAUGCAUGUACGGCCAUCCUCAAGGCUUCACGGACGACUUUUUGUAUAGAUCUCCGGACGAGUUCAUACCGCAUCUAUUGUGGUUGCUGAGCGACUCGGAAGAUCACAAGCAAUGCCUCUGCAAGCCAUGCUAUCGAGCGACAGGCAGACACGUGCCCAAGACGUUCACGGAGAAGAUGGACGAACAGGCCGCCAUACUGGAGGGCAUCAAACUGGUGUCGACAGGCACUGAGCCCAAGGCCCCCGCGAAGAAGGUUACCAAACCUACCGCCCCAUCCAAGAAGAAGGCUUCCGUCGCUGUCGUCGCCAACUCCAAGGCAGCCAAGGAUCUUGCCGCGGCUGCUACCAAACCAACGAAGAAGACUGCCAAAGCAACGCCAGAGCCAUUACCAGUCGCGGCUGUGGCUCCAGCUCCUGCUGUAGCUGAAGCUGCUCCUCCUGCUGCUAAUUCUCCUGCUCUGCAAGUUUUGCCAGCUGCUGCAGUGUCGGCGCGCCGCCCACCUGGGCAUGAUGAGCCGACCUUGUUUCGGCAAGGCGAAAUGGUCUGGUACCAGCAGAAACCAGCAUGGAGAAUCGGCAUCAUCCGCAAAGUGCCCCUGGGCGACGAUUUUACAUACACGAUCUUGCCACUCGGAAUUUCGAUGCUCAAUCUUCCUGACGUGCAGAAGGAGACGGCUCAGAUGCGCCCAUUUCUUACCUUCAGCGUGCCAGGCAUGUCGUUUCCCGGUUUCCAGGACAGGAUCUUUACAGAUGUCAACUGGAGGGCCAUUCUAGAGGACCCCGCCUUUACAGAGCGAACCGAGCUUGUAGGGCUUGAGGCGUCCAAGCUAGCAGCUAUCGAGGUCGACGGUUCCUGGUCAACUUUCAAUCCCCUGCCUGCAGGGCCGAUCCUGCCUAAAACCCAGUCCACCUACGACGGCGUCUUCCUGGGCGCUGAGAUGAUACGUGUUGGUGAUGCUAUCCGAUCCAAGGACAAGGCCCGCAGCACGCUACUCGAGGUUACCGAGAUCUCGGUUACGGCGGCCACUACGGCGCCAAACCCGGCCGACCUACCCAAUACAUUAUCCACGACACAUUCCACGCUGUCGUUCCGAGGCAUCGAAUACGAAGCCGCGCUCGUCCCGGAGCAUGGGCGCAUUGGUGGCCAGCCUGAGGGAGCCAUCUUCCAGAAGGACGCGGCUUUCCGAACCGCGGCUGCUAAAGCCAGCGGGGCAAAGCAGAAGUGCGUGUGGACAAUCAAAUCAUGGGAUACUGUUUGGCAGGAACGCGACGUGGCUGGUCGAGCCUACGUGACGGACGAGCUCCUGAGUGUGACGCAGGGCGCGGAGGCCGUGGAGACCGCCAAGCAGACAGGUCAGUUCCAGGAGGCCACGUCGUACCUCAACAACCGGAUGCAGAGCACGACCGCCCCAUACUUCGGCAGGAGGCUGAACAGGCGAGCUACGUUGGGCGAGGCGGUCUCGGGUGUGCAGCCUCUGCUCUUUGGGCCUGGGGUGCACGAGGAGUAA